CGUAAUUUAUAAAUUGAGCAUUAUAUAUAAUCCAUCAAAACAUUGCAAAAAAAAGUCAUAAGUUCAUAAAGUUAUUAAAAGAUCUGAAAGUAAGUUUGGUUACCAGAUCAGCAAGAUAAUGAGUGGCAGUUCAGAUGAAUCAGAUGGAGAAAUUAUAAUCUUACCAAAAAGGACAGAAACAAAGAAGGAAAAUAAAAAUGGUGCACUUUGGAAGCAAAUGCUUGAAGAAGAGAGCCUUAUGGAAGAUAUGAAGACUUGCGAAGUUGCUAAAAAUAUCAGGAAAAGAAAAGUUGAUCGUGGUGCCGAAAGUUAUGAUUGCAGUGAAUUUGAUAAACAACCAAAUUCCCAGGAAAAUUUAUCAGCUCAUUGUUCGGAGAGAAAAAAAAUAAGAGUCAGCAAAGAUAGACAGUCUAAACAUUUGCCUGAUCUAACAGAUGAUGUCAAGGAUGUAGAUUUGGCAGCAGAUAUUGCAUUUAAACUAGAUGAACAGAAUAUAGAACUAGUUCAAAAGGUUAUUUCUACUGUUGGACAAGAUGAAUGUGUAAAGUUCUACAAGAAAACACAAAAAAUUGAACGAAAUGGAGGUUUAUUAACAUUCAAUAAACACCGUCGACGAACCUCCGGUGGAAUUUUUCUGUUCCUCAUAAAAACAUCCAACGAAGUAACUGAUGCACAAAAGAAAAAAAUAUUUGAAAAAGAUACAGCUGGAUGAUAAUAAAGAUUGAAUUAAAGUGCUUGCUAAUACCUAGCAAAGUUUUAUAAACUUUUUUCUUUCCCUUUUAAACAAUUAAGCCUUAGAUGUAAG